GUAAAAAAAAAAAAUUUUUUUUUUAACUAUAGACAUCAGGGAGAAGUCAAACUGCACCUUCCACACUGUGCUUGGCAAUUUCCUCACUUUAUAACAACAGUCACUUUUCUUCCAGUUUCUCAUUACGUGUCCUUCAUUUCCUUCUAAAACCUUAACAGAGCAACUUUGAUGGUCAUGUGUUUGUUAAUUAUACACUUUAAAAAAAGUUUUAGAUUUACAGAAAAAUUGAGCAGAAGGUAUAGAGUUUCCAUAUACUCUCACUCCCCCUUCCCCCAACCAGUUUUCCCUAUCAUUAACAUCUUGGGUUAGUGUGGUACCUUUGUUUCAGUUGAUGAGCCAGUAUUGAUAUUAUUUAUGCUGCUAGUUAAUAUUAGGGAUUCACUGUGUCUUGUACGUUCUAUGGGUUUUGACAAAAAUAUAAUGACAUACAUUCAUUACGCUAUCAUACGGAAUGGUUUCGCUGCCCUAAAAAUCCCCUUCGCUCUAUUUAUCCAUGACUCCUUCCCUCUCCCCAGCACCUUGCAACCAUUGUCCUUUGCAGUCUCCACAGGUUUGUCUUUUCCAGAAUGUUAUAUGGUUGGAGUCAUAAAGUAUGUAGCCUUUUCAAAUUCUUUCACUCAGCAGUAUGCAUUUAAUGUUCUUCCGGGUGUUUUGGUAGCUUGAUAGGUUAUUUCUUUUCCUUGCAGAAUAAUAUUCCAUUGUCUGGACGUGCCAUUGUUUAUCCAUCACCUAUUGAAGGACAUUUUGGUGGCUUUCAAGUUUUGGAAAUUAGACUUUUAUAUGAGCAUGAGUUUUCAGUUCAUUCGGGCAAAUAUCCAGGAACGAGAUUGCUGGAUCGUAUUGUAAGAGUAUGUUUUGUUUUGUGAGAAAUUGCAAACUGUCUUCCAAAGUGGUUGUACCAUUUUGCCCUCCCACCAGCCAUGAAUGAGAGAUAUAUUCUUAAACUCGGGAAACUGUUCAUGUCUUUACUCGGGGGGGUCUAGUGUUACAGAGAUUAAAAGUGAGAGUUUGGGACCAAAUUCCUAAACUCAAGUCCCAGCUUCCCCAUUUGCUGGCUGUGUGAUUUAGGCAAGUUAUUCAACGUAUCUGUGCCUCAGCUUCCUUCAGUUGUAGAGUAGGAAUAAUACAGAAUAACUUCAUUAGCUUGUUUUAGGAAUUUAAAAAGUUAAUAGAUGCAAAGCACUUAUUAGGACCCUGCCUGGCAUAAAGUCAUAUGAAAAUCAUAGCUCAUUGCAUAUCGUCACUUUUUCCUGAUGGUCAGUUAUCCCUAUGUUGGCUUUCCAUCGUCUGUCUUUUAUAUCACUUUUUCUUCUACCUCAUUCAUCUUUUUCUUCUGAUUCAUAGAAGAGCUUUUUAAAAGAAUAUCCUAUAGGUAACCGACUCACUUUUCACAGCAUCCAUCCAGUUCUCCAAUAUGACUUUAAUUAUGCUGCUUAUGUUAAAUAUGCUCGCUAUAUAUUUUUAUCCUUUUUCAUCUAGAAUGUCUUUUUAGUGUUUUGUUUUUUUCACAUCUUGUUCUCACAUCUUUCUAUCCUGUUUUCAUUGGGUCGAUGUCUUCUUGGAAUCUACUGAGAAUAUCAACUUGUUCCCUGAAAUUUUCUAGUGCCUCCCUUAGAUCUUUUUUGAAAUCUGCUCUUAGAUGUCCAGUUUCUCCUUUCCUUUCCUUUGUGAAUUUGUCUUUCAUGUACUCAUUGUUAGGAUUUCCAAGUUUAAUGUUUUGUCAUCCGCAGUGACUUGACCUUAGGCCCUCUGUCCAAAAGCCUGGGAAGCAGCACAGUCAGUUGCGUGGGCCACACAUCGAACACUGUAAAAACCUACGGACUUCUAUUGGGUUCUUUUCUGCCAGGGACACACCGACAGACCGGCGUUGGACUCCAUUCGCAGCUGACGUAGGCAUACACCGUGCACUGCUGUAGGGCAGAACACGGUAACACCACUUGCCGCUUUUCUUUAGCAUUUAAAAAGAUGUGGGUCGCGACCCAUUUGAAAGUCCCGAAGGCAAUAUAAUGGGCCUCGACAAGAAGUUUUAAAAUGAAGAAAUAGAGCACUAAAUAGAAUGCAGAACAAGUAGUAAAGGCAAAUAAUGAAUUGUGCAGUGUUUCCCUGCGUUUUAAAAUUAUACACGUGUGUAAAUGUGUAUCUCCUACACAACGUUCGGUCACACAAACUUGAGGGUCCCCAGGAUCCCGUUACUCCCACCAGAGAAGUUCAGAAGCCAGAGACUGGCGCGGAGAACUCCCGGCCCCGCCCAACGGGAGCUCUGGGAAAUGGAGUUCGGCGUCGUGGAGCAUUCUGGGAACCGUAGUUCCGCGCGUUCGCCGGGCACGACGAGCGGGGGGAGGGGCUCUCUCCGCGCGACCGGAAGUGGCCGUUGAAGCCGGCAGAGGUUGGCGCUGGGGAAGUGCACCCUCUUCGGCUCCCUUCGCUAGGUCUGGUGCCGGUCCCGGCGCUUCCGGACGCGCGAGCUGAGAGUGUGGAGCGCCCUAGAGGGAGGGAAGCCCAGGUAUCACCAUGGCAACCGCCAGCCUUGCGGCUGCGUGACGUCAUCCUCCUCGCCCCGCUGGAAGCGGCCUCUGCGAGAGGGAGCUGGGGAGUCCUCGGAGGGGGCGCCCCUCGCCUCCCUCCGUGCGGGGCGGUUCCGCCCUGAUCCCUUGGAGGGCUUUGUUCUUUUGUUCCGGUCUGGGAGGAAGGACUGGGAGCGGGCCCCGCCCCGCCGCUCCACCUUCCAGCGUUUCCACCCCGCAACAGGUGUGUCUUCCGUUCGCGAGCCGGGGUGUGAGCCCGCAAGUGGGCACGGAGGGCUGCCCCGCUCCGCCCGUGUAAGGGCUCAGCCGGCGCAGACUCCUGGCCGGACACCUGAGCCCCCAGACCGAGGCCCCCGCUGGAAGGACGCUGCUUGGGAAAUCCUGGUGUCCAGGCUCCGGAGGAACGGAAUGAGCUCCUGAGAUGGAAGAUCUGACCUCUUCGGAGUCCACCCUUCUCCCAGGGGGACAUACUCUCCUCCCACCAGCCAGUUUUCACGAAUCCGUGACCUUCAAGGAUGUGAUAGUGGAUUUUACCCAGGAGGAAUGGAAACAGCUGGACCCUGUACAGAGAGACUUGUUCAGGGAUGUGACGCUGGAGAAUUACACACACCUUGUCUCUAUAGGACUCCAAGUCUCCAAACCUGACGUGAUUUCCCAGUUAGAACAAGGGACGGAGCCAUGGGUGGUGGAGUCCGGUGUUCCGGGAGCCACUGGCGGGGACCGUGACAUCGGACCAGAAGAUAGCCGAGCAGUCCCAGAGCCGGACAUUUCUGAAGAGCAGCCGUGUCACGGGGCAGUGGUGGAAAACCACAAAAGGGAAGACCCUCACAGUUCUAACUUUUCAGAAAGUUGGGGGUACGAAGGCAGUCUGGAGAAGCGUCAGGCGCACCAGCAGGCGCUGCCGAGAGAAAUAAAAAUAACCGAAAAGACAAUACCCACUUGGGAGAGAGGCCCUAUAAAUAAGGACUUUGAAAAAAGCAUCAGUGUAAGCUCAAACCUUGUGACACAAGAAACAUCUGCAGAAGAGACCGCUACUAAGACGAGCGUCAAACAGAAUACAAACCCGGUCAGAAAAGAGAAAUCUUGUAAGUGCAACGAAUGCGGGAAAGCGUUCAGUUACUGUUCUGCUCUCAUUCGCCAUCAGAGGACGCACACCGGGGAGAAGCCUUACAAAUGUAAUGAAUGUGAAAAAGCCUUCAGCCGGAGUGAAAACCUUAUCAACCAUCAAAGAAUUCACACUGGAGAUAAACCCUACAAAUGUGAUCAGUGUGGGAAGGGCUUCAUUGAGGGUCCGUCUCUCACUCAACAUCAAAGAAUCCACACUGGAGAAAAACCCUAUAAAUGUGACGAAUGUGGGAAAGCCUUCAGUCAGAGGACUCAUCUUGUGCAGCACCAGAGGAUUCAUACUGGGGAGAAACCGUACACCUGCAAUGAGUGUGGAAAAGCCUUCAGCCAGAGAGGCCACUUUAUGGAACAUCAGAAAAUUCACACGGGAGAAAAACCUUUCAAAUGUGAUGAAUGUGACAAAACCUUCACCAGGAGCACGCACCUUACUCAGCAUCAAAAAAUUCACACUGGGGAGAAGACCUAUAAAUGCAACGAAUGCGGGAAGGCCUUCAAUGGGCCCUCGACAUUUAUUCGUCACCAUAUGAUCCAUACUGGUGAAAAACCCUACGAAUGCAACGAAUGUGGGAAAGCCUUCAGUCAGCACUCCAACCUCACCCAACAUCAGAAAACACACACCGGGGAGAAGCCGUACGACUGCGCCGAAUGCGGAAAGUCCUUCAGUUACUGGUCCUCCCUCGCUCAACAUCUGAAAAUUCACACCGGAGAGAAACCUUACAAGUGCAACGAAUGCGGGAAGGCCUUCAGUUACUGCUCGUCCCUGACGCAGCAUCGGAGAAUUCACACCAGGGAAAAGCCCUUUGAAUGCAAUGAGUGCGGAAAGGCUUUCAGUUAUCUCUCCAACCUGAAUCAACAUCAGAAGACUCACACCCAGGAGAAAGCUUAUGAAUGUAAGGAGUGUGGGAAAGCCUUUAUUCGGAGUUCAUCUCUUGCUAAACACGAAAGAAUUCACACCGGUGAGAAGCCCUAUCAGUGUCACGAAUGUGGGAAAACCUUCAGUUACGGCUCCUCCCUGAUUCAGCACAGGAAGAUACACACCGGAGAAAGACCUUACAAGUGUAACGAGUGCGGGAGAGCCUUCAACCAGAACAUACACCUCACGCAACACAAGCGGAUUCACACAGGAGCAAAGCCUUAUGAGUGCGCGGAGUGUGGCAAAGCCUUCCGGCACUGUUCCUCUCUUGCUCAACAUCAAAAGACUCACACGGAAGAAAAACCCUACCAGUGUAAUAAAUGCGAAAAGGCUUUCAGCCAGAGCUCUCACCUGACUCAGCACCAGCGAAUUCACACGGGAGAGAAGCCCUACAAGUGCAACGAGUGUGACAAAGCCUUCAGCCGCAGCACGCACCUGACCGAACACCAGAACACGCACACGGGGGAGAAACCUUAUAACUGUAACGAGUGCAGGAAGACUUUCAGCCAGAGCACGUACCUCAUCCAGCACCAGAGGAUUCAUUCGGGAGAGAAGCCUUUUGGAUGUAGCGACUGCGGGAAAGCCUUCCGAUACCGCUCUGCUCUCAACAAGCACCAGAGACUGCACCCGGGCAUAUGACCCUUGCGGGAACAUCACAGACGUGGCGGACACAUUUGCUCUGGUCUGUCCUUUGGUUAAGUGCUGAAGAUUCAGAGUGAAGUGAGAAACUGCCUAAAAGAUGUUAACUUUUCACGGUCGCACUAUGGAAGGGAAAGUACAUUGGGAUGAAGCAAUCCCGUGGUUUUCGAGCAACUUUGUGACAUUGGAAAAUUCGACUGUUUUAAGCUUCACUUUGCUCCGUGAAUGAGGGGAUUUGGAGUGGACGCUUUCAAAGGUUGUUUGGAAUUUUAUAUUCCACUUUUUUGUGUUCACAGUGUACUCUUGGACGGGGUCACUGCACGUCAGCAUUUUGCUGUGUCGCAUCUAGAGUGUGUAUAUUUAUGCAUGUUUUGCCAAUAGAAAGCGUCUGUGCUUCAGUAACUAGGCUGGGGAUCUAUUAUGCUUCUGUUCUAAUGCAUUUAAGUUGAUUAACUGGUUCCUAAUAAAAAGAACUGUAAAGCA